AUGGCUUCAAUGAUCUUCUCAGAUGACGAGGCCAAGUACCUCCGGGCAGUCCUGAAGUGGCAGGAGAAGAACCCCGAGGACAAUCGAGCAAGCUGGAUGCUAGGCCUCCGCGCGCCAAAGCCCGUCGGUGAGUUCCGUAUUUUGGUGAUUGGGGCCAAGGGUGUAGGCAAGACGUCAAUCUUGAAGAAGUUUUGCACCGGUGUCUUCCCCGACCCUGCGAGUCUGGCCUCGUCAAGCAACAUCAACGGUUGCCGACGCAACAUCACCAUCGAGUCAAAUGAGGGCAAGCACGUCGAGUCAAAUCUGUACACCGUCGACGCGCUCGAGCUCCCCGUGGAACACCUGUCGUUGCCUGAACAUCUCUCACAGGCCUUGGCUAUCACGGAUGCGGCGGUACUGGUGUACGACAUCACCGACCCAGCAUCCCUCACUUUUCUCAAGUCAAUAGCGAAUUCUAUUUGCAGCUCGAUCCACCCAGGCAGGACCGCGGCCACCCCGACCAAGAAGAAGAGUGGACUCCACCUGCCCGGCUCAUUAACCACAAGAGAAACCAGCGACGCGACGCACAACACAAGGCCCUACCAUUUCCUGCUCAUCGGAGCAAAGCGAGACGUGCCCGACUCCCUGCGCGAGGUGUCCUGGCUGGAGGGCCAAAUUGCUGCAGAGGAGUUCUUCGGCCCUUCGGGUAUCGCGGCCGGUGCCAGCGUGAGCUUUUUGGAAGUUUCGUCACGUACGGGCGAGCAAGUGGAUGCCAUCUUCCCGUCCCUGUGUAGCGAGGUGCUCAAGAGCCGGAAGGAGAGGCAGGCGGCGUCGUCGCAGAAGUACUUGUCGGCGCAAGGAUCUGACAUUGCUGCUUUUCGAGCACGCGAGCGAACCUUACGACAGUCGAGCGCUACGGCACUCAGUGAGCUUACCGCCGCUCACAGCAAUGAGAGCAUAAUUCCGCUGGUCACUGCCGAAGACGGUCGAGUUUUCUCGAUCCUCGCUGGACAGCUGGCCUACAGCAACUGGGCUGGCAAUUACCCAAUGGAAUUCUCACAGGGCCCCGUACGCAUGCUCGGCGACCGCGCUCUCUUAGCUGAGAACAUCACUGCGUACCAGAAUGAUGCGCUCAUGAGAAUGGUGCGAGCAGUCAGUCAUACGAAAGAUGCAUUUGAGUUUCAUAAACCAGUGUGGGAUUUGCACCCAGGAAUCUGGGAUAACUACAUGGAGCUGGUCGCAGAACCCAUUGACCUAAAAACCAUGCAACACAUUCUCCGUCACAAAAUAUACGCAACCAUGGCGGACUUCCGGAGACAUGUCAGCCUCCUGGAGAAGAACGCCCGAACCUAUAAUGGCGAUCGCAAUAAAUUUGUUAUUGAGGCAGCUACAAAAGUCGUGCGUGACAUUUAUCGCCGGAUGAAUGAGAUCCCCGCAGAGCCGCCUGUCGAUCGGCAGGUUGUAACCCAGAUCCGUCGGGUCAUCUUCGUCGAUGAUGAUGGCAGUGGCUCCGCGGCCAAGUCCGAUACUGACGGUAGUGCCGCCGGUGAUGAGAGUGAAGAUUCUUCUCGCGAAGAAGCUACCGGAUCCGAGCCCGAGGCCGGGGCCACCUAUGGGUCUACUUUUGUGUUGCCGCUGGGCCGACUGUGUGUCUCCAGAAACGCAGGUGGUGAUGGAGUCAUCGUCACGCCCUACAUCGUCGUGGUGGAUCUUGCGUCCGCUUUCAAAGCCCUGUGGCUGAUCAAGGACAACUACAUCCCGGUCGGACUCCCAGGCGACAAGAAGACGCUGCUGGACUUCGGGGGCAGUUACAAUAUCACGAUUGGAAAGCUGGCUGACGACAUUGAGGACUGGAAAGUCCGCCAGAGUCCUGGUCCUCGGGCCGGCCUUAGCAGCACAAAAGUACCGGUCUUGAGCUGGGAAAGCGUGGAGAAUCUCGUCUAUCAGUUCGGAAAGGACAAUACGGUACUUUUUGAUCUUGUAGAGGCUCGACAGGAGGCGGCGGCGGCCAUUGAAAAGGGUUGGAACGAAUCCACAGAAUCUAUGGAAGACUUUGUCGAAGGCUAUGACGAGAACCUCGACAACUUUGAGAACGAAGAAUACAAUGGCAACAAUCUGGGUCACCAGUAG